AUGGCUUGGUUCAUGAGCAUCGGCAACGCCAUGUACGCCUUUGCGAGCCUAGAUGCCGUAAUCCACAUUGCGGAGGAGAUGCAUCAUCCCGGGAAAGAGAUUCCUCGUGUCAUCAACUUGACUCUAAUGAUCGGCCUGGUAACAUCAGUGCCGUUCAUCAUCGCGAUGAUGUUCGUGAUAAAAGAUGUUGAGGCUGUGCGGGGUGCAAUUCUACCUAGUCUUGAAGCGUUUUAUCAAGCAACAGAAAGCAAGACUGCCGCUUUAGGCUUGCAAAUACUGUUGACUAUUCUGUUUUAUACGUGCAUGCCAAGUCAGUGGAUCACAUGCGGACGUCUGACAUGGGCUUUUGCUAGAGAUAACGGACUUCCGAGGUCAAAAUACUGGACUGAGAUCCACUCAUACUAUCAGUUUCCUGUACGAACCACUCUUCUCUCGGCAGCCUUCUGUGCGAUCUAUGGAUUGCUAUAUGUUGCGAGUACUCAAGCGUUCAACUCCAUCAUCGUCUCCGCAGUCCUCGCAGUAAACAUCUCCUACGUUGUCCCGCAAGCUAUCUGCCUCGUGCAAGGCCGAGGGAAGACUCUUCCCAAUCGUUCAUUCGAUCUUGGAAUCUGGGGGUACUUUUGCAAUGCAUUUUCUCCUGUUUGGAUAACCGUCAUCGGUAUCGUUAUCUGUUUCCCAAAUAUCCUACCUGUGACGGCUGCUUCAAUGAAUUACGUAUGUGUGACUUUGGGGGCAAUUGGCUGUCUCAUCAUCGGGACAUGGUACUGUAUUAGGAAGCAGUUUCAAGGGCCUGCUAUCGACUGGGCCAUGCUCAACGACCAGAACGCUAUUGAUUAA